CACUGAUUGGCAGCACUGAGAGGUGGCACUGAUUGGCAUUGAUAUGUGGCACUGACUAGCACUGAUAGGUGACACUGAAAGGCAGCUCAGAUGAUCACUGAUAUGUGGCAUUGAUGUGCACUGGUAGGCACUGAUAUGUUGCAUUGAUGUGACACUGAUGGGCACUGGCAGGUGGCACUGAUGGACACUGACAGGUGGCACUGCUGGGGCUAUACUGAUCAUCAGGGCACACUGAUCAUUAGUGCCCUGAUGGUCACUGUCAGCGUGACAGCUUGUGAGGAAAGAAAUGCCGAUAACCGGCAUUUCCCCAUUUACAUGUGAUCAGCUGUGACUGGGCACAGCUGAUCA